UUGUCGAAGUGAUCGCCAAACUGGCUCUACAUUAGCUUGAAUUGCUCACAGACAAAAGAACAAACUAGUGCUGUGUCUUCGGUGAGUCCAGCGAGGAUGGACGCCGGUGGCAAAGUGACCCCCUCCUGCCUGGUUUCUGACAGCAGGCACGCAGACCAGAACGCUCCAGCCCCCAAACAUCUGUGGAGGCAGCAGGACCGGCUGGCGCUGGAGCGCGAGAGCUGCCGCAGGAACAGGCGCGUGAAGCAGCGCGGAUUUUCGGACAACGAAAAAUACCUCAGGCCGGGGACCAUGGACCGGACCUGCGCGGUGGACACCGGCGGACGACCUGGGCUUAAAAAAUCGCGGAUGUCGUGGCCAUCGUCCUUCCAGGGACUCAGACGGUGA